AUGGAUUUCAAGAUGUUCGGGGGCUCCGAGGUGGUCGGCAAGGGGGUUUUGACUAAGUCUAAGUUCUCCAUGCUGGUGGCCGCUGUGGAGUUCCGUUUUCCGCGUAUGAAGGGGCGGUUGUGUCGAGUGAGAGCGGCCCUGAAGGGCUGGGACUACGCCCACCAGCCUCGGCACACGGCCAAGAGGCCCCAGUCCGCGUCCUUCCUGGAGGAGAACGAGGGGCACCUCGCGGAGGGCCUCCGGCUGCUACGGCGCACUACCCCUGCAGGUGCUCGGCUGUUCCCGGUCUCGCUUCCGUCCUACCGAAACCUGAUCAAGGCCGUCCAGGCUCAGUACUCCCUGGACGUCGGCUGGGGCCCCUACAGCCCCCGGGCUGGCUUCGCGUCGGAGUCGGCCGCUCUCGGGGUUCCCUUCGAGGCCAUCCGGGAGACAGGGAGGUGGAGGGUCGACUCGUCGCUGCGCAUCUACAUCGAUGUGGUUCAAGCCUCUCAGGUCGGCACGGCCCUGCGGGCGGCAGGACUUCAGCCCGCCCUAGACUGGGCCACGCGCCGGUGGUUCGACCAGGUCCGCACAGGCCUUGAUGCUGCCAGCACCGGGCACGCCCAGACCAGCAGCUGGGGCUUUGUCCCCAGCUUGCCGGGCACGCCAGCUACGCCAGCGCCGGGCACGCCCAUGACCAGCAGGGUGGACACGCCUCCGCCGCUGGGCCCGUUCGAGAUCCCGCCGGCACCGCCCUGGACGAGCCCAGCGCCUCCACCGCGGGUCAAGGCCCCGCCGGGGGCCCGGGCUGCCGCAUCGCCUAACCAGAAGAAGGGCCUCAUCAUGGGCAUGAUGAAGCGGCUGCCGACGGGCUCGGCCUUUUUCAGGGUGUUGCUGGCGAUCCUCUUCUUCAGCGCCUUCCCCGCGUGCUUGUUCCCGAACACUUCGCGCAGCCUGAUCGUCUUGACGGAUGUGGCUGAGGAGGUGGGCACCGCGGGCGGGCGCAUCAUCGCGGCGGCUGCCAGCGUCAGCACCAGUGCAGCUAAAUUUGUUACGGCAGUAACAGACGGUUCCAUCGGCGUGGUCGAAGCUGCGUGGAGGGGAGUCGACCUUUUGGACGUGGAGGCCCACGGGAGUUCCGGGCGUCUUUUCGUCGAGGUCGAGGACAGCUGGGAAGAAUUUCUCGCCGAGCCGGAGGUUCAGCACGUCCUGAGGCUGGAGCCGGACACGACGUCUGAGCUCGAGCGCCUCCUCCUUCUGUCCUCCGCACGCCGCCCCAUAGGCGAAUUCACCCACGCAGUUUUUCGUUCGCCUCAGCUUUACUCUCUUGUGAGCUUCUGGGUCCGCUGGUUUCCAUGCGGACACGUCGGGAUCGCCUGGGGGGUGGUCUCGGUCUAUUUCCGGCCCCAGUGGGCGAAUCCGUCUUGGGCCCUCCUCGGAAUCAACGAGACCGCCGAGGCUCCCAGCAUGGCCGAGCGACUGCAGUCGCUCGCCGUCGAUAGCUUCCCUGCGCCUGACCUCGAGCCAGGACCGGAUGCUCUGGUCGGCGCCCCGACCCUCCCCAAUGGGCUUCCUCGCAGGCUGCUCCGCCGCGCCGCGCGCGGGCUCUUGUGGCUCCGGCGCAGCCUGCAGACAGCCUUCCAGUGGGCCGGCAAGGUCUUUCCAGCACAGGGCCGCAGUGCGGGAGCGGGCGACGGCAACCGGUACGCAAAUAUCUCUGCCCUGACCAACUUUGGACCGCUCGCGGAGGCGGGUGGUGGUGAGCGUGCAUGA